AACAUGACACAAAUAUAAAUAUAUAUAUUUUGUCUCUCCGCUGUUUUACAGCUCUGAGAAAUCGAGGAGAUUCUGUUUCCUAAUUGGGCUAAGCUCCUCAAAAUUCUGUUUCCUAAUUAUGCACAGAUUUCAUUUGAUAUGUGUAUACUGUAUAUGCAUAAGUUACGCCGGCAGGAUCCACAUAAAGAUUUGAUUUUUGUUUGAAUUCUAUCCUUUUCCCUAAUUUUUUGAUCCUUUUCCACUUUUCGAUUUCCUAUUAUUGCACACUGUUUUAGGGCGAACUGAUUUUUCAACAAAGAUGGUUCAUACACACUUCGUGUGGUCUCACGGAGGCAAUCAAGUGUUCCUAUGUGGUGAUUUCACUGCUUCACACACUAAACUUAUAAUGCAACUGGUGGUUAUAUGUGAAGGUGGAUCAAGUAUCAACAGAUGGUCACUGUCGAGGGUUCAUCCACGACUUUUAUGACGAUUUGCGAUCUACCACCUGGUUUACACAAGUUCAAAUUCUUGGUUGAUGGUGUGUGGAGGAUCGAUGAGCGACAACCAAUUUCUGAAGAUGAGUAUGGUGUUAACAAUGUCGUUCUUGUGGAACAACCGCAGCUAAUGCCUCAAACAUUACUUUUUGAUGAUGGUCUACCAGUCAUGGAUAUUGAUAGUUAUGAUGAUAGAAAUCAUGCCGAUGUUGCUUCAACAUCAGGAAGUGUUCCUAAAGAAGUGGAAGUUGAAUUAACGAAUGAUGAUAUUGAGACUACAUGUCGUCGAUUAUUUAAACAUUUUUCAUCUUACAAAGCAUACGAGUUAAUUCCGGAUUCAGGAAAGGUUUUCGCAUUGGAUGAUAAUAUGACUGUGGAAGAAGCAUUUCUUGUUAUGCAUGAAGAGGGAUUUGUUAUUGCCCCACUUUGGGAUGCAACCAAUUUACAGAUUUCAGGGAUGCUAACCCCAUCCGAUUUCAUUAUGGUCCUAAUUGAGCUUCAGAGAAAUCGUGCAAUGGGGACAAAUAGUGUCCAUCAGUUUUCUACAAUAUCUGCAUGGAAAGAAGGGAAGCUUCAACUUCAAAGAAGACCAUUGAUCAAAGUUGAUCCUGAUGAUUCACUGAGUGAUGUUGCAAUUAGAAUCUUGCAAAAUCACAUAUCUGCAAUUCCUGUUGUAUAUGUGCAACAAGGUUCAACUUGUCCACAAUUGCUUCAUGUUGCAUGUCUUAGUGGACUCUUAGAACAUAUAUGCAGACAUUUUGAACGUCGUAUAAAUUAUUUACCUCUUCUACAACAUUCUAUUGGUGGUCUUCCACUUGGCACUUGGAUUAGAGAAAUUGGGGGUGUCAGGGAAUUAAGAACAUUUCCUCCUAAUUAUCUUCUUAGUGAUGCUUAUAGACUGUUAAUAGAUGAACGUAUAAGUUCAGUGCCUAUUGUUGAUGAUAAGGGGGCUCUUAUUGAUAUUUUUUCCAGGAGUGAUGUUAUUUCGUUAGCAAAGGGUAAUGCAUAUGUUCAUGUUCAACUUGAUCAGACAACAAUAUCUCAAGCACUACAACUUGUAGACAAGAACGCCCGUGCUAGGUAUGGCAUAUGCACACGCUCAGAUUCCUUAUUUAAGGUCAUGAAUCUUCUUUCAGAUCCAGGGAUGCGUCGUGUGGUGGUUGUUGAAGCUAGCAAUCGAUGUGUGUUGGGUUUGAUUACAUUGAGAGACAUAUUUAAUCUCAUUUUUAGAGAUUUUUCUUAAAUAUUCUCAUUUGUGAAUUGUGACGUGGUUUGAAUAGUAAAUUUGGUAUGUAGGAAAGUAUGGGGUGAUGCAAAUGCGGUAUAAAAUUAAUCCUAUUACUGCAAAUGUGGUUGUAUUUAGUUCAAUGAACGGUUGAGAUUGAUUUCUCCCUUCCCCUUUCUUGAAAUCCAUGAACCAAACAUGCCACAAGCUUCUUGUAUCAUGCUUAAUGAAAUAUUGAAAUAUCUAUUUAUCAUA